CCCGGAGGGCAGCCGGCGGCCGCACGCCGUGCGCUGCUGGACCCCGGCCGGGCCGGCGUCGGGGCGCCCCGGGCGGGGGACCUGUUGAAGGCGCUCGCCGGCUGGCGGGGUCCCCACGGCCUGUCCCCAGGCUCCCUAGUCUCACUUCCCCUUCCUCGUCGCCCCUCUCUCUGUCUCCUCGCGGUCAUUUUCCUAAUUGGACAGAGCUGUGGGGUGUGAUCGCCGGCGUCAGACUAGGGGGCCAGGAGGCUGCCGGGUGGGCGCGGGGACCCGGGGACCGACGGGGCAGCCCCUGCAGGCGCGCGGAUCCCACAGAUCCGGCCCUGGUGCCCCCGUCCCCCUAACUGCGGACUUGCCAACUGCGAUGCCCUCCUAGCCAGCCGCGCGGGAUGGAGGGCUUCACGGACUCAGGGACACAGACGGAUGCCGUGGUGGUGCUGUCCUUGGCUCAGGCCGCCGUGCUGGGCCUGGUCUCGGAAAAUGAGCUCUUCGGAGCCACCAUAAGCGCCGAAGCCUUCUACCCGGACCUGGGGCCCGAGCUGUCCGGGUCGGCCGCGGGGGAGCCCGGGCCCCCGGGCCCCGACGUCUACCAGCUGGCCUGCAGCGGGAGGGCCCUGGAGGAGCCGGCAGAAGAGGAGGUGCUGGAGGUGGAGGCGGCCUUCGAGAAGCACACCCGGCGGAAGACGCGGCCGCCCGUGCGGCUGGUGCCCAAGGUCAAGUUUGAGAAGGUGGAGGAGGAGGAGGAGGAGCAGGAGGUCUACGAGGUGUCCGUGCCCGGUGACGACAAGGAUGCCGGCCCCGCGGAGGCCCCCGCCCAGGUGGCCGGCGGCGGCGGCGAGACCCUGGUGCAGAGCAGCGCGGUCAAGAUGAUCGACCUCAGCGCCUUCAGCCGCAAGCCCCGGACGCUGCGCCACCUGCCGCGAGCCCCGAGGCCCGAGCUGGACGCGGCCCCGUACGACCCCCACUUCCCCGACCCGGCCCGGGACGGCUUCCCGGAGCCCGGCAUGGCGCUGCCCGGGCCGGAGGCCCUGCCCUCCGAGUGUGGCUUUGAGCCGGCCCCCCUGGCCCCCCUGAGCGAUCCCGAGGCCGCCACCAUGGAGUCCCCGGAGCCCGUGAAGCCGGAGCAGGGCUUCGUGUGGCAGGAGGCCGGCGAGUUCGAGGCCGACGCGGCCGGCUCGACGGCGGAGCGCCACAAGAAGGCCCAGCUGGACCGGCUGGACAUCAACGUGCAGAUCGACGACUCGUACCUGGUGGAGGCGGGCGACCGCCAGAAGCGCUGGCAGUGCCGCAUGUGCGAGAAGUCCUACACGUCCAAGUACAACCUGGUGACGCACAUCCUGGGCCACAACGGCAUCAAGCCGCAUUCGUGCCCGCACUGCAGCAAGCUCUUCAAGCAGCCCAGCCACCUGCAGACGCACCUGCUGACGCACCAGGGCACCCGGCCGCACAAGUGCCAGGUGUGCCAGAAGGCCUUCACGCAGACCAGCCACCUCAAGCGCCACAUGCUCCUGCACUCGGAGGUCAAGCCCUACAGCUGCCACUUCUGCGGCCGCGGCUUUGCCUACCCCAGCGAGCUCAAGGCGCACGAGGUGAAGCACGAGAGCGGCCGCUGCCACGUGUGUGUCGAGUGCGGCCUGGACUUCUCCACCCUGACCCAGCUCAAGCGCCACCUGGCCUCCCACCAGGGCCCCACCCUCUACCAGUGCCUCGAGUGCGACAAGUCCUUCCACUACCGCAGCCAGCUGCAGAACCACAUGCUCAAGCACCAGAACGUGCGGCCCUUCGUGUGCACCGAGUGCGGCAUGGAGUUCAGCCAGAUCCACCACCUCAAGCAGCACUCCCUCACCCACAAGGGCGUGAAGGAGUUCAAGUGCGAGGUGUGCGGCCGGGAGUUCACCCUGCAGGCAAACAUGAAGCGGCACAUGCUGAUCCAUACCAGCGUCCGGCCCUACCAGUGCCACAUCUGCUUUAAGACCUUCGUGCAGAAGCAGACCCUCAAGACCCACAUGAUUGUACACUCGCCUGUGAAGCCAUUCAAAUGCAAGGUGUGUGGGAAGUCCUUCAACCGCAUGUACAACCUGCUGGGCCACAUGCACCUGCACGCGGGCAGCAAGCCCUUCAAGUGCCCCUACUGCUCCAGCAAGUUUAACCUCAAGGGCAACCUGAGCCGGCACAUGAAGGUCAAGCAUGGUGUCAUGGACAUCGGCCUAGACAGCCAAGACCCCAUGAUGGAGCUGACAGGCACUGACCCCUCCGAGCUUGACGGCCAGCAGGAGAUGGAGGACUUCGAGAACGCCUACGCCUACGCCGGGGUGGACAGCAGCGCCGAGGCCAGCGUCCUCACCGGACAGGCCAUGAAGGAGAUGGCCUACUACAACGUGCUAUAGCGCAAGCUGGGCCGCCCAGCAGGGGCGGGGAGGGCGUGGGACGUGGGGGGAGGCCCCGCUGCUGCGGGCUGCACCUGCCGCGGCCCAGAAGCUACUGCCCCACUGUCCCGAGCCCCCCCCCCGCCCCCACCGAGUCGUUUGCACCACUAGGGACUUUUCGACCAAAUGGAGACUACUACUAGCCUCAGCUGUGAACCAGGCACAGGCCCCAGGCAUCUGGGGAAGGAAGGAGAGCACAGAAGGCCCAGCUCUGGGUCUCCUUGGCCUGCUGCUGUGGGAGGGUGGGAGAGAUGCUGGUGGGGGCCAUCUGGGGCCAGGUCACAAGGGCACAGGUCCUCAGGUCUCUCCAGGCCCGGCAGAGGGGCCCUGGCACUGGAGGAAGACAUAACUUGAGCCUGGCCUUGCUUCCGCUCUGGACCAACUCCUGCCUCUAAGGGAUGUUUGAGCUCCUGUGCUGGUCAGCACUGCGCGCCCCCCGCCCCCAGCCCACCCCCUUCCCUGGGCUGCAAAACGCCCAGGCCCCAGAGCCCCCUUCCCCACCCUGUUCAUCAACAGCCAGGCAGGGCCCUCUGCCUUCUACCUCCUGGUGCCUCCCGAGCUCUCCGGGAGCCAGGCAUGCAUGCAGCCCCGGUCCUGGCCUCAGGAAAGCGGGGUGUAGCCCAGCCCCCAGCUAGUGCCCUCUCCAGCGAACCCCCCGAAGGCCCCCACCUUCCCCAGUUUGAAAGUGGGUGUCCCUAAAGUGGAUUUCAACAGAUGUCAUCCAGUUCUUUGUUGAACGGGCCACCGCACCAGGGUCCCCCGACGUGAGCAGAGCUGGGACGUGCCUUUCGCUGGGCACACGCUAAGACAGCUGGAAGCCCCUCGAGUGAGGGGCAGGGGACCGAGAGGGGCUGUCCUCAGAGGAGGCCAAGGACCACCUGGGGGGUGGCUGGAGUGUUGUAUUAUUAACAAGUAUCCAUGUUGAGGAAGUGGACAGCCAAGAGUCAACAGGUUCCCAUGAAGAGCAACAUAGUUAAAAAGAAAAUGAAGACCAUAGAGAAAAAAAAAUUUUUUUGAGCAAAAGGGGUAUUUUGAAGGUAAUUUAUUUUUUUUUUUUCUUUCCAAUUCUGUGUCGCCUAUUCUUUUCUGAUGGAGAUCAUUUUCUUUUUCCAAACGGAAGCUCCCUCGUGUGCUGUGCGUGCUUCAUGCCUCCCCAACCUCGAGCGGCUGGCCGGGCAGGGCUCAGGCCUGGCCCAGGCGUGGAGGGGCCGGGGCGGGGGGCCGGGGGCGGAGCCGGACAGGCCCUGGCGGGGGGGGGGGGGGGGGGGGCCUGCACCGCCCCUGUGGCCCCUGACUCGCUCAGCCCGCGGCCCGGCUCGCCUGCUCUCCUGGCCUCUGUCCCCACGCCCCCUCCUGCCCCGGGACCCCAAGACAGGCCCGGGGCACGAAAGGGCACAUUCAGGAACGCUAGGGCACCCAGACUCCUGCCCACUCACCUGAGGCCUCGGUGGGGAGGGGCAGGCAGGGCUGUCCCCAAAGGCGCGAAGGAGGUGAAGCCACCAACUUCAGCCCAGAAACCAGGAAAGGAGGGGUAACAGACGGGGUGGGGGGUGGGGGGGAACCAGCUGGAAAUGCAGCCGCCCCCAAAGCUGUAUCCUUAGUGAAGGACCAAGCCAGGCUACAGGGUGGCUGUGAUCAGGACUGAGAGGAGGACAAGGUGGCCUCGGGAUCAGGCAGCCAGGUGCCCCUUCCUUCUCUGCUAAAGCUCACUCACGCUAAGAGGCAGCAGACCAGAGGGCUGGGGGCUCACAGGAGCCUUUCCCCUCCAGAACCCCGAGGCGCCCCCCCCGCCCCCCAGGUGCCCGCCAUGAUGACCCUCAGGUGGCAGUGACCCCGUCACUGUAGAAGACAUUUUCUCCUGCUGAGCAGAAGCCUCACCCCCUGCAAACUACCUCUUCCCACAAUGUCUUUCUCCCCUGGUACCAAAAAGAACCCUGUACCUCCUCCUCCUCUUCUUUCCUGCCAGUGCAGUGGCCUUGGUCGUGGAAACCCAAGGGAGAAGGGCUGGCCCCCAGGGUGGGGCUCCCCUUUCCUCCCCCAGCCCCACCAUCAGCACCGGCCCUCUGCGAGGUUCGAUACUUGAACGCCCCCCUGCCCUGUGCCUUGGACCCGGGCAAAGCUAAGAGAAGGAAACAGCACAACUCACACAUUUGAGCUGGGGGGUGGUCUCCGCAAGGCUCCUGUCCUCACCCCUCCCCCAACCUUUCAAGAGAGGUGCGCACGCGGCCUCUUGGGUGACUUGGAAACUCCUGGACAAAUUCCAUCCUAACUUAUUUUGACGUGUAUACAAACCAACUGUUUAGAAAUUCCACUUGUGCAAAGCCCUACUGUGUUUUUAUGUUCCCGUUUAAAAGAGAAGUUUACUUAGCAAUAAUUAUAAAUAAAUGAAUAUUCUUUAGCGAGG